GGCGCCGAUCGCGGGCGCGAGGGCCGAGGGACGGCGUUCACCUGUGGCUUUCCAGGUCAGCGGGAACAAGGGGAAACGUGGAGCCGGGUUUGGGGGGCUGUGUGAAGAUUCCUCCCCGGAGCGGGGUCAGCCCGUGCGGAUGAGCCGCAGAGCUUCGGUCCUUGGAGCGGGUGCUGCCCAGGAUGGACAUCUGCGGUCUCAGGGAGCGAUUCCCCAGGAGGAAGGGGAGCCUUGGCCUGGCCUGCACGGCUCAGGUGGACUUUCGAAGACAGGUUUUGCUCACUGGGAUACAAACACAGGGAGCCAAGCAGUUUUUUAAGUCCUUGUACAUCCAGAAGUAUUUUCUUGUUUACAGCAAAGACAAACGGACAUGGAACACCUUCAAAGGAGACAGCUCACCAACAGGAAAGAUUUUUGAAGGUAAUUCCAAUGCCUAUGAGAUAAAAGAGAACAUCAUUGAUCCCCCCAUUAUUGCUAGGUACAUCAGACUCUACCCCACCGAGUUCUACAACAGGCCUACUCUUCGCAUGGAGCUUCUGGGCUGUGAAGUAGAUGGUUGCUCUUUGCCCCUUGGAAUGGAAAGUGGAGAGAUCAAGAACACCCAGAUAACAGCCUCAUCUACUAAGACAUCCUGGUUUAACACGUGGGACGCUUCACUUGCUCGUCUCAAUCAGAGUGGAAAGAUGAACGCCUGGCGAGCCAAGUGGAACAACAACCAACAGUGGCUGCAAAUCGAUCUCCUCACAGCUAAGAAGAUCACUGCUAUUGCCACGCAGGGGGUCACGUCCAUGUCAGCCGAAAACUUUGUGAAAACCUAUGUUCUUCUGUACAGCAACGAAGGCUCCGAGUGGAAAUCCUACACAGAGGGUUCAAGCUCAGUGCCAAAGGUUUUCUUGGGUAAUGCAAACAGCAAUGGGCACGUCAAGAAUUUUUUAAACCCGCCCAUCCUGUCCAGGUUCAUCCGCAUUGUUCCAAAAACACGGUACCGUGGGAUUGCCCUUCGGGUAGAACUCUAUGGCUGUGAUUUUGGUGGGGGUCUGGCUGUGAAAAGGACUGACAGGUCUGGGAGCUCUUAACCUGCCAGCAGUCAUCAUGCAGAACAAGAUUGUUUGCUAAGAAACCCUAAAAACAGUCAUGCUUAGUAGUUUGGAUGUGUGCUUCGUCAAAGGAACAUGAUGUUUUACCAGCGGGAUUGAGAGAUUUCUCUGGCAGGUGUUUCAUUCCCACAAAUACACAGCUCAGAAAACAGCUUCUUUUCUCUGGGAAGAAAUAGUAGUCCCUUCUAAUUAGUAUUAUCCCUUCUUCGUUAUAACCAGUACUCUGUGUUACUUUUUACUUAAUUUUAAAUCCCAGAUCCCUAGGAAUGGAGACUCUGGCCUUGAUCCUGAACGCUGACUAGCUCCAUUUUGUAACGCUUUUGCAGCACAGACGAGGAAUAGAAAGCUAUAGCAGGUGGGUGUUCUGAGAGGGAAAGCCAGUGCUGAUCUGGAGCUGUGGUGCUGCAUUCCAGCAGUGCCUUGGUGAGAAGUGAUUGCAGGGGUGGCCUCUCCUCCACGUCUUUCACCUGCACUGUGGCAAAGGCAGGACGUGUCUCAGCACUGAGGUAUGCACAGCCCCUUCUCUGGGAAUGUGUGCUGGCAUUGUCGCUUUGGUUCUCGCAUACCCAGCACGCCUGAACGCUGUGGAUUUCACAUAAUUCACCUGCAGUGCCCCGGCGAGGACAAAGGGGGUCAGCAGUGCCUUUUCCAUCCCAGAAAUGAGAAGGGAUCCGAUUUAACCCGGCAGGUCAUGGAACAGCAAUGGGAGAACCAAAAUGAGAAUUCAGAACUCCGGAUGCUCAGUCCCACAAACGCUUUCAGACUGUUGGGACAGGGAGCUCCCUUGGUGAAGAAAGCUUUGAGAACUGCAGCUGUUCAGUGGCAGCACAGCCUGGGGGUGGCAGAGGAGGACUAGGAUGAAACUGGGUGACAGAAACAUCUGCAUCUUCUCUUACAAUUUAACGGUGUUUACACUAAUGGAAAUACUCUUGUGCAUAGAUUUUACAUGGAUUUUUUUUCCCAGGAUGACUACAUCUGAAAAUAGAUACCCAGUCCAUGAAGUCAUUAUUCCAACAGAAUGUUAGCUAAGCUUUCAGUAGUGUUCUGGGCUUCUGUCCUGUAAAUUGUUUAUUUGCAGCACUUCACUUAUCACACUAGUACCAUUCAGCAGGCCGGAUUUUUAAAGUAAGUUGGUCUUUGAACCUUGGAUGGUGUUAGCCAGUUUUAGUUCAGUAGUUUUUAAUAUCUUUUUCUUACAGAACAUGCAUUUUAAAGAGAAGGUAUAGAACAGGAGUGGAAAAAAUGUAAAAACUAAACAAAUAUUUUCUUCUUUUUUUUUAUUAUGUCACAAACUUGUAAUUUUCCACUGGAAAAUAAAGCUAAUAUUGUAGCAUAAAAGGUGCAUCAACAUUUUAUUUUGUGUAUUUGCUUCUACAGUAGUAGCUCUGGUAAUAGUGAACAGGAAAGAAAAAUUUUCAGUGCCAAUUAGAAUUAAUUUCAAAUGGUGAAACAGUAUGAAUAAUUGCUCCAUCUUCAAAGGUCGGCUUCUUAGUAUUUUGUUAUGGUGCUUAAUUUAUUUUUGUUUCACACCACCAUGAAAUUGCAACACACGGCAUAUUCACUAAAAAAAAAGAAAAAAGAAGAAAGAAAUGUAAACUUUGGAAUGAGGAAACCCUAGAAUGAUGACUCUGGAAAACAGUCAAUAUGCGCUUGCUGACUUCAGCAGAACCAGGAUUUUAUGUGAUAACUGUGAAAUAAUUUAAUUUUUGGAAGGCGGUGAUCUUUAAUAUUCUAAAUAAGUAAUUAGUUCUUUAUAGCUAGAUAUAUAUAUAUACACACACACAGAUAUAAUUCUAUAUAAAGUUACAUAAAUGCAAAACUGAUUGACAUGACUCAGUACAUCUGCAUCAAUUUUACAAGUUGAAGGUUCUGCUUCUUCUUACUAAUGAGCAGUAAUUUGGUUAGCCAGGGUCAGCUGUCCUGCCUGCAUUUCUUCCCCUGCCCCUUGCCCAUGCCCAGCCUCCUCACUGGCAGGGCAGAGAGGUAAAAAGCAAAGGCCUCGACAGCAUACAAACACUCUUGAGUGCCACCUAAAGCACCCCUGUGUUGUUACCACUGCCCUAGUCACAAAUCUGAGCCACAGCACUCUGUGAUGGGAAGUAACCCCAUUCCACUGGCAUUCCAGCCUGCCCAGCAGAGCAGGGACAUCGGGGCCCUGUGCCAGCCCAGACGUGCGGCCAUUGCUGAUAACACAAUGUUCCCUUGCACAGCAGAGGAAGAUAAGUGCUACAACCAACAGCAAAAGUCCAAACCGGUCACUAAUGUGCCAGAUUCUAACGUACAGUAAGGCAAAAAGUAUGAACCCCUGCCAAUACCUCACAGGACUUUAAGCUACUCUUUGUGCCCUUAGAGAAUUGUGACUGGUGAUUAAAUUGACACCUUCAGCUAUGGCAGUUAGCCGAAUGACUGCCUGAGGCUCUGGAAAAUGAUGAUUUAUGGUCUGUCAUUUUUCCACCGUUACUUUAAAAUGCCUUUAUGCUUCUGGUGGGUCUCUGUCCACUCGUUCUACCUCUUCUUUCCACAUGAGCAGAACAAUGAAUGUUUAGAGUGGGCAAUUCUUUUGUUAGUUUAAGCAAUUUGAGACUUGCCUCAUAGCUGUUUUUAAAAAUAAUUUAUUUUUUCCAAAUUGCUUCAACGCUAAGGAGAAGUUGCACAAAGUUGUUCUGGCCUUGGGCACCUGGCUAUUCUGGCAGCAUGACCAGCACAGGAACAUGUACCUAUGGAGUGUGCCUGUUGCUGUGCAGGUUGUGGUGAGUUGAAGUGUACAGGAGAGCUGGCAAGGGAGAAGGUGCAAUGCAGCCUUUCCCUCCGUGCCUUCUCUCUGUGUGUUCGUUAGAGCUCCUUUCUUCUUUCCUCUGAAGAAGCAGCUUUGGUUCAUCAUCUGUUUUUAGUGCCAUGGCAACUUCACAGUAUUGGGGCUGGGAAGGUGUUUUCCCCCUGGCUGGGACAUCACUUUCUGUGAGCCUCAGCCUUUACUACACAAGGUGCAUGAUUGAUGUGUUUGGCAUGUGCUGCCUGGGAUCCAGGGAGCCCUUCCAGGCUGACUGCUCAGGGGAGCCCACUCCCCAAAGCUUUUCUUUCUGCAGGCUGCCUCCUGAAAGAGCCUCCUAAAAAGGGCUCAGCUGCACUGGCAUUUACACAUGUAAACUUCACUGCCUUAUCCUGAAAUGCAAACUUGAAGCCACCCAUGUAUAUAUUCCUUUCUCUACGGUUUUUAUUUUUUAAAAAAAUAAAAUCUGAAGCCAUGAAUUGCUAGCUGAUGAGCUGUCCUGGGACACAGGGAUAGUCUGUCCUUUGAGUUCUGUGGUCUGAUGGCAGUCGGAGCAAGGCAGGGGCAGUGGAUGUACAGCACUCCUGUCAAGUGACCAAAAGGAGCAGCUCAAUUUUAAUCAUACUUUUCGUACAGACAUCAAAUCUUUGAUGGGGAACAGGCCAGUUAUUACAAGUAAGUCACAAAUUAACUAAUGAAUAACAGCAAUAUCAGUGAUUUUUGUACCAAAGUAAUGACACUGUGGCCACUACAAUAGAAAAGCUUGCUGUGCUGUGUAUGUCUUCAGGCCCAUAAUGUGUGGAAGUCACACCUGGAUGUCGUUCAGGUUCUGAGCUGUGCUGUUGCUGUGGUGAUGAGGUGAUUAUAGAGCCUGAUUGGAGCUGUAUGCAGAGUUAACAACGAUGCCUAUGAAAAUCUGUAACCAUGUGGACAUUGUUGGUUUCUAAUUAAACAGCUGUUUUUGUUAAAUAAAAAUACUC